AACGAGCAACUCUGGUUGUAUGGGGGCUUCCUGCACGAUAUUAUAAAGAGCUCCCUCCCUUCAGCCUCCAGUCACAGUGCUGAUCAGAGCCAGUGGAGGCUGUGGGUGAGUUAGACUGUCGACUGAACGCUGAGCCGAGGGGUUUGACGUCAGUGAGGCACGCGUUAGUUCUCGUCCCUGCUGGUCGGGGUACGAGUAGGGAGCUGGUCUCACCUAACAGAUGUGUCUGGGACACUCCAUACUAUUUAUUCUAUCAGUUACAUAUAGGUCCCAGCAAGCAUGAUGGAAGUAUUGGACGGAUACAGGAUCGACAGAGUGCAUGAGAUGAGGGCUGCUGCCCCAGCUGAGGGAUACGUGAAGGAGUUCACGCGCCAUUCAAACGAUGUACUGCUGAACCUGAACGAGCUGCGGCACCGCAGCAUCCUGACCGACACCACCCUGGUUGUUGGCAAUGUGCACCUACGGGCACACUGUGCUGUGCUCGUGGCCUGCAGCGGGUUCUUCUACUCGCUGUACUCCCACCGUGUGUUGCUUCAGGGACGCGGUGGCGGCAGGGAGCAGCUCAUGACCGUGUCUCUCCCUGACACCUUGGACCCAUCCAGCAUCUCCCUGCUGCUCGACUUUAUGUACACCUCCCGCCUCCCUCUGACACCAACCAUCGUCCCUGGGGUGCUCACUGCUGCAACAUAUCUGCAGAUGGACCACGUGGCGGAUACCUGCCGGGAUUUCAUGCAGCUGCACUGCAGGGAGAAUAUGAGUGCAAGACACCCUCAACUGGAGCUGGACUCCAGGGUGUCUCUAGCCUCUGUAGCACCCAAAGGAGGGGACCUGCCCAAUCCAGGACCCCAGAAAUUACUCCCAACAGAAGUUGCAACAAGGGUCCCUGCAGAGGCAGGGGGCUCUCUCAAGCCAGGGGCUUUCCCGACCUGCCAGCUUGGGUCAAAGGUGCUGAAAGGAGAGCCUGACUCCAGCCCGACUCCGUCUCCAGACAGCCCCGCCCGCUCCAGCUGCCAACCAAACUCUCCAGCAGAAUCCAACACCUGCAACAAAAACCUUGUAAGUGAUGUGAAAUCUUUCCCGGACCCAAAGGCUUGCAAUUGGAAAAAAUACAAGUACAUUGUCCUCAACCCACUGUGUGCAGCCACCACGGUGAAGGAAGAGGAGAUGGAGGAACCGCAAAAUCUCAUAUCACCCACUGCAGACAGGAUGGGCUCCACAACUAAGGCACCAACAGAGGCGUGGUCUGGAGAAGUGCCUGGUCAGAUUGAUAGACAGGGGCAGGCCUCCUGCUACGAGGGUUCUGGCCGAGCCCCUCCCCUGGGGCCACCCCCCUCUGUGGAUCACCCAACAGUGCCUCCCACACACAAGGAGGGAACAGUCUCACCCUCCACUGUUUUCCCAAACCUGCACCCCACUGAUCCAGAAGCUGCGCACCACAACCAACAUGCCAUCAAGCGCGAGAACUACUAUGUGCCCUACUCUUAUUCUGGCAACCUUCAAGGAACAAAGACCGUCUGCUCAGGUGACAAGCCGUACCGCUGUAAUGUCUGCGGCGCCCAGUUCAACCGUCCUGCCAACCUGAAGACUCACUCUCGCAUUCAUUCAGGAGAGAAACCUUAUCGCUGUGACACGUGUGGCGCUCGAUUUGUCCAGGUUGCCCAUCUGAGGGCCCACGUUCUGAUCCACACUGGGGAGAAGCCGUACCCCUGCCACACCUGUGGCACCCGCUUCCGCCACCUGCAGACCCUGAAGAGCCACCUGCGCAUUCAUACAGGAGAGAAGCCUUACACUUGUGAGAAGUGUGACCUUCACUUCCGCCACAAGAGUCAACUGCGUCUUCACCUGCGCCAGAAACACGGGGCAGUGACCAACACUAAGAUCCGCUACAAGGUCCUGACUGAGCCCUACCAGCCCAUUCUGCAGGCCUGCUGAAGAGGUCUGACCUCAGCCUCAUUAAUCACGACCAGCAUGGUGCUCAGAACAACUUAAUGAUACGAAUUAGGUGAUUAUUCUUAACUUUUAGCAGACUGGUUAGGUGACCAGCUUGGACAAAAUGAUGUCAAACUGGAUUCCAUUUGAGAGAGAAAUUUGCAAAUGUUGGAUGAGUUUGGGAGCUUGGAGCUAGCAUAGCAUAACACACUGCGUGGUAGAAAUCUGUAGGACUCAUUAGAAAUCCUGGGUAGCUUUUCUGAGAUGGACAUGGAUUUAAGAAAAGUGUUUUUGAAGGUCUGCGAAGGGACGGAAAGAGGGGAAGAAGGGAAGAAGAGAUGGGAAGAAAUUUGGGAUGUGCGUACACUGAAUUUUGACAGGAUUGUGAACAGUUUGAAUGAAAGAUGAUGAAGCAAGUUUUAUAAAGGAGAGGUGGUGAGUUUUUGAGAACAUUUGUGAGAAGCACUUAAUCAGCAUUAUGUUAUUGAAAUUUUCUUCUUAAAUGUGUAUUUGUCAGAUUUAUCUUAAAUCCUGAGGCCUGGGGCCUGCGUACCAUUAAAAAAAAAGUGCAGUGAUAUCUGCUUUCAUAGUCCGAGCAGGCAAAGGACUUAGUUGUCUUGUACUGACCUUAAAGCAAAUAAAUUAAAUUAUGAGGUUUUCUGACAUUAGCAAUUUAAACAAGAUGACUGUAAGCAAUUGGAUAAUUGAUAAUAUUAUUUGCAUUUGUAUGUUUGUGUUCAUUUGCUGGACAAAGAUGGUUUUGUACAAUUUAAAUUAAAUCAUUUCUAUGUCAAUUGGA